AAAUCAAGAUCGUCGGCUGCCACGUGGCUCGAGUCCGCUCCAAUCUUCCUUGAUUUAUUUGCGUAAUUAGGUACUUGUCUCUUAUACCUAUUAAUUUUUGGUAAUAUUUUACUACCAUUACAGUGACAACUAGCCACACCGUUCUUUUUUGCUUUUUUCCUGAUCCUUAGCAGAAACGUAUGGAGGAAAAGUAUUUCAACAUCGGCAAUACCUACUGCCCUGAGCAAAACAAUUUUUGUUAUAUUAAUAGCCGAUUUCGGUUCUUGAGCUACAGGUCGCUGUUGCAGGUCGGCCCUGACUGGUGGACCGACGAGUGGAAGCCCGAGAGGCUGGGAUGGACCGACCAGUGAGCUGGAGUGGAGCGACAAAUGGAAGUCUGGGCUGGGCUGGACCGACCAGUGGAAGCCAGGGUCUGGGCUGGACCGCACAGCACUACCUGGACUCCUGUCCUGAGAUCGGUGAAGCGGUCUUCAGUGUCUGUUUGUUCAGCAAGGCGACUACAUUGCGUGGAUGGAACUUCGCGAAGAAAUCUGUGAUAUGAGGCAUAUUUUGAAGAAGAGAUAACAUAAUAUUAUAUACACAUUUUCACCUGGAAUGUUGGUACCUGUCUGAUAUCGUCUCGCUUGACUGCAAGAUAUUUACUUCAACUUGUGAUACUCAGCAUUGUUACAACUGAAAAGGCAGCUCGGCGACACCCGGUCCCAGCCACAGACCAGCGAGAUGGCGCUCUGGCACAAGGUGCAGCAGCUGCCAGAGGCCUCUCUGAGGAAGAUCUACGGCGAACACUUCCCGAUCGAGGUGCGCCACUGCCUGGCGCCCUGGAUCGAGUCCAAGAUGUGUCAGUUCCAGGAGAUUAACCCGGACGAUCCGACCCACGAGCAGUACGCCAGCCAGCUAGUGAUGGCGCUGAUCGCCGAGCUGGAGAACAAGGCCACCUCGCUGCCCAGCACCGACGAGCUGUUCGUCGUCAAACUCAAACUCACAGACUGCGCCAACAUGUUCAAGGCGCGCUACCCGCAAAACUCGCUUUCGCUGGUCCGUAUUAUUCAGCACGCGCUCAACUGGGAGCUGAAGCUGGUCACACAGCACGAGACUGGUCUGCAGGGCAUGGCGCCCGGCGGGAUGGCGCUCAUCCCGGACACGGCCUCGGAGAUUAUCCAGCAGAUCCAGUACCUGCGACAGCGCGUCCACGACGCCGGCGAGGACUACGAGAAGAUGAAGCAGGAACAGGAGUCGUUCGCCAUCCAGUACCACGAGUGCGCCAAACUCAACGCCACCCUGCAGCACAUCCAGGGCCAGCGCGGCCAGAACCCGCUCGGAGUCGAGCAGGAGAAGGAGCUGAAGAGGAAGAAGGAGCUGACAGAGUCCACCCUGACGCAGAAGGUAUCUGGACUGCUGCAGAUGCGCCUGGCGCUGGCUGACAAGCACAAGGAGACGGUCUCGCUGCUGACCCAGGUGCAGUCGCGCGUGCUAGACGAGGAACUGAUCCGGUGGAAGCGCGAGCAGCAGCUGGCCGGCAACGGCGCGCCCUUCAGCAACAACCUCGACCAGAUCCAGGAAUGGUGCGAGGAGCUCUCAGUGAUCAUCUGGGAGACGCGCCACCAGAUCAAGGAGGUGGAGCGGCUGCGGCAGCGCGUGCCGAUCGACCCGCCGGGCGGCGUGGACAUCCUGCCGCAGCUCAACCAGGACAUCACCCAGCUGCUCUCAUCGCUGGUCACCAGCACGUUCAUUAUCGAGAAGCAGCCGCCGCAGGUGAUGAAGACUAACACGCGGUUCACGGCCACCGUGCGACUGCUGGUGGGCGCCAAACUCAGCGUGCACAUGUCGCCGCCGCAGGUGAAGGUGACCAUCAUCAGUGAAGGUCAGGCCAACCUGUUGCUCAAGAACGACAAGAUGAACAAGGGAGACGCCAGCGGCGAGAUCCUCAACAACACUGGCACCAUGGAGUACCACCAGGCCACCCGCCAGCUGGCCGUCAACUUCAGAAACAUGCAGCUGCGCAAGAUCAAGCGCGCCGAGAAGAAGGGCACGGAGUCGGUGAUGGACGAGAAGUUCUCGCUGCUCUUCCAGUCGCAGUUCACCGUGGGCGGCGGCGAGCUGGUGUUCCAGGUGUGGACGCUCUCCCUACCCGUGGUGGUGAUCGUCCACGGCAACCAGGAGCCGCACGCCUGGGCCACCGUCACUUGGGACAACGCGUUCGCCGAGCCGGGCCGCAUCCCGUUCGCCAUCCCCGAGCGCGUCUCCUGGGCUCAGGUGGCCGACGCGCUCAGCACAAAGUUCAAAUCGGCCACCGGCAAGCCGCUCUCCGAGGACAACCUACGCUUCCUGGCCGGAAAGGUGUUCAGGAGUCCGCACGUGCAGGACUUCACCAACAUGAUGCUGACGUGGCAGCAGUUCGCCAAGGAACCGCUGACCGACCGCAACUUCACCUUCUGGGAGUGGUUCUACGGCGUGAUGAAGCUGACGCGCGAGCACCUGCGCGGCCCGUGGAACGACGGCCUGGUGAUGGGCUUCGUGGGCCGCCGCCAGGCGGAGGAGAUGCUGCAGCAGCGGCCGCACGGCACCUUCCUGCUGCGCUACUCGGACUCGGAGUUGGGCGGCAUCACCAUCGCCUGGGGCGCGCACGAAAACGGAGAGCAACAAGUGUACAUGCUGCAGCCGUUCACCAACAAGGACUUCGCGAUCCGCUCUCUGGCCGACCGUCUGUCGGACCUGAAGCACCUGAUCUACCUGUACCCGGACAUCAUCAAGGACCAGGCCUUCUCCAAGUACUACACGCCCAUCAACAGCAGCAGCAACACGUCCAACAACGGCUACGUCCGCCCGCUGCUCGUCACUCACGUGCCGGGGUGGUCGGGUGUGGGUGGCAUGGACAGCUACCCGAACACGCCUCAGACGUUCUACUCGCCCACAUCGCCCGACAACACCAACCGGGACACGCCGUCGGUCAACUCGGCCAUCUCCGAGUCCGUCUCCACUCUCCAGUCCUGUAUGGAACUGUAACGAGUCGUCGGCGACACGGCCGGCCGCGGCCGAGCUCCGCGCGCCGCCCCACACGGCCGACCUCUGUGAGUCGACCACCGAAGCGCCGGGGCCGCGCGCCGCCACCGCUGCCGCCCGGCGCCACUGCAGGCGCGCGGGCGAGUGACGGAACGGACACUGUUGGCGUCUGCCCGCGGCCGGAGACGCGCCACCGCAGCCGCCCAGCCAACCGAGUACCUUGUACGAAGCGGGUCGCGUCGAGCGAUGUUACGCCUGAUUCAGAGUUUAUCCGGGCGCCGGCAGCCGGGCGGUCUCGCCGUGCUUUAAGCCGCCGCCGCCGACGGUCGGUCGGUCGGCGCUGUAGGUGUGCGGCGUUGGAGCGGGCCGGGCCGGCGCCGGGGAUGCGCGCGGCCGGCGCCGAUCUCGCGGCCGCCGCCGGGAGCAGCGGCGGCCGUCUGUGUGUUUGUCUGCGCAAGUGUGUGUGUGUGGUGUCUCAGUGUGUCGACUGACUGUAGCGUACCGUAGCGCAGCGAGCCGGGCCGCGUCCUUUUCGCCUUCAGCUGUUUCUCGGUCUCCUCUCUGUCUGUCUGGGGUCGUCUGUGCUGCUUGUUGACCGCGUGCCGGUGCGGUCGCGUGGCGCUGUUCACUGUCGCUUGCGCGCGGGCGCUGCCGCCGCGUGGCUUUUCAUGUGAUAUGUAAGUGAUAGCGGCAGUCGUGCGGCGGCCGCCCCGCCGCCAGAGGCCGACUGUAGAGAAUAGAGGGGCCGCGCCGCCGGGUGGCUCGACACACACACACACAUACACACCAAAUUGCCGUGACGCUGUUGACAUUCCUGGCCGGCGCGCCUGUGCCAAGCGUCCGGCCGGCCGGCAGCACUCCGGCCGGCCGGCCCGCUCAGCGGCGCGCUAGCAGCGGGCGAGGUGCGAUAUGUCUGUGCAAUUCGGGAACGUUGUGAUACGCGUGCAUAUUUAGAGCAGAUCACACACUGAGCGAGAGAGUUGUAGCGCGUAGGAGGCAUCGGGAGGCCGGGUGCGGCCGGCGGCUGUCAUUGUUAUAAGCUCAUCCGUGUAGUUGUACAAGGCGGCGUGCCCGCUGGCGUUUUACCGGCCCGGAGCUCACUGGACAGGAGCGGUCACCGAGCGGCGUCGCACAGACUGCCCGUGAGCUGCGCACGCCGGACGCGCUCUGAAAGACACCGGCGCGGCGACGGUGCCCGACGGGCGGCGCAGCCGGCCGUUCCGAUGUGUUGCUGUUGACUGUGUGCCCGUGCCGUGUCCAGAUCGGCGGCCCGGGCGCGCCGCUGUCUUAGUGUUAAGCACCGCACUACACCGUUUAAGUAAGACUAUUUUAAGUGUAUGUGCUGGUGUGUCGCUUGACGUACUUUGAAUAUGCAUAUAAUCAAAACAAAAAAAUCACGGCGACUAUUUUUGACUGUCUGUGUGUGAGUGGGUGAGAGGGCGCGCGAGUGUGCCGGCGCACCACGUGUGUGCCGCGCGCCCGUCGCUCGCUCGGUGUCCGCGCGCUCGCGCAGUGUGUGCGUGUGUCCGUGUGCGUGUCGCACCGCCGCUUUCCGCACCGCUCCGCUUGUGUUUUUGAGCCGUAUUCGGAAUCAUUGGCCAUAAUACACCGGCUGGUGUGUGUC